CAGGGGUCAGCGCGCGCGGGUGGUGAGCGGCCAGACGGUGUGUGUGGGCGGAGCCGACCGUCCCUGCUACAAGAUGGCGUAUUUCCACGACGUGUCGAGCCGCGUGGCGUUCGGUGAGGCGAAGCAAGCCUGCCUCAUGGACGGGGGGGCGCUGCUGAGCGUGGAGAGCCAAUCAGAGCAGAGCGACGUGGAGCAUCUGCUGCAGGCGCUGCGUUUAGGAGCAGUGGGCGGAACCAAAGGUGGAGGCGGGAUUUCUGACGGGGAUUUCUGGAUCGGCCUGACGCGGGGGGGCGGAGCCAACCACACCUUGACCCCGUGCCCUGACCUGUACCAGUGGACCGAUGGCAGCGUGGCCACCUUCAGGAACUGGUACCUGGACGAGCCGUCGUGCGGCGGCGAGGCCUGCGUCGUCAUGUACCACCAGCCCAGCGCGCCCGCAGGUCUGGGUGGGGCUUAUCUCCACCAAUGGAACGACGACCGCUGCAACAUGAAGCACAACUUCAUCUGCAAGUAUCAGCCAGCUGUGACUGCAGGCGGAGGUGUGGUGACCCAGGCGGAUGGCGGUGGCAGCUUACCACCUCAGGUGGUUGUGGCAGGAUCUUCAUCUUCAGGAAUCCUGUUGCUGUACGUGGUGAUCCCCACCAUCCCGCUGCUGCUGCUCAUCCUGGUGGCUUCAGGGACCUGCUGCCUCCAGACGCUCAGCAGGAGUCGUCCUCGGACCAAGACCCCUGCCGACCAAUCAAACCUCUGGAUUGCCACGACGCCCAAACCCGACACCAUGGAAGUGUGACGUCACUGUGACUCGACAGCAGAUCAGUGAUGUCACGUUUUAAUUUGUUACUUUGGCUGAAACUGUUUCCUGUUUGGCUCCUCCCUCCUCCUGUGUCCCUAAGCCCGAGUUAAUUAAGGGGGUGGAGUCAGUGAUGUCACAGUGAGUGGGUGGGGCUUGUCUGUGUAACAUGUUCUGUUGUGAGAAGCUCUGGUGCCCCCUGCUGGACAGACAAGAUGAAGUACGGGGCAAGCAGAGGGACAAACUCUGGUUACUGAUGCUGCGUUCGAGGACAGUCCGAUGUUUGGACGGCAGGGAGCUGCUGCUGCGUUUCUGAUGCAUGAAGCUUUGAUGUUUAA